UGCUGGCUGCAACAAAAACUGAGCUGAUAAAGAUGCUAGCAACCUGUCUGACAUAUCGACAGGAGAAAUUGGGAUUGUAAAUAACAAUGAGAAAGCGCGUUACAUUUGUUGAGCAUCUGAAAAAAGAAAACUUGUUAAAACAUAGAAAAGGUCCCAUCUUAAUGAGGUAAGGCCGCUAUGUGAUAUUUAAUGGAUGAAUAUAGAUGAUAGAUUCAUCUAUAUUCUCUAUUUUUCAAACUGAGUUUUUUGAUUUUUUUAGGACUGAAGAAUCUAACCAGGGAUGCACUGACGGCUUUGAAUAUCUACCUAAUCAGCAAGGGAGGGAGAUGUACAGAGGAACACACACAAAUGUGUCUGCGGGCAGCCAGCACAUGAAAACAAUACACAUUCCCAAAUCUAUGAUGUCUGCACCCUUCUUGCAGCACCCAGCCCUUACAGCCGGACAGAGACGCUACCUUUGCAGUAUAGCAAACAUUUAUAGUACAGAGCACUUGAGGCAGCAGAUGAAGCAGCACUAUCUCAGUGUGCUGCACACAUGCGUUCAGUCAGGUCAGAAUCCCACCUGCAGAAGGAAGUAUGGGGAUCAUCACCAUAGAAAAAAUAGUACCUUCACAAAGGAUGCAGAGAAGGAUGUGGCAAGGCCAAAGCCACAAGGGCAGAGGAAAAGCAGCACAGCUAAUUCUGAUGUCAUACUUCCAAAAAUAGUCAAGAGAUGACAGCUAGGCAUGAGAUAUGGUAUUACUAUUUUGAAGGCUUUAACAACCUUCUAGUGAGUAUGUUGAUCUUUAUAUCAAUGCCUGUUGUAUUAUUAUUGCACAAAAAUGUCCUCAGCAAGCAGGCAGAUUUAUACAGACAUGCAUGUAUUACAAGCACUACUGCAUGUCGAGUUAUAGUACACGUCUUUCCAUGUUGUUCUUUAAGUUGAAUGUCUACUUGUAGUGGUUUCAUAAAGUGUACUUGUAUUCUUAAUCAUACUAUUAUCCAAAACACAAUAAUAAACAUUAUAUUGGAAA